CAAAGCACAUGCGAAGAGAAAUGGCAGAAAAAAGAAAAGAAAAGAAAAGAAAAGAAAAGCAAGUAAAGGUCCUUUACUACUUACUGUUCGGUGAGCUAGCUAAGUAACAGCUACAACGCAGAGUGUUGCCAAAAACAGUGUCAGUUCCGUUUUUCUUGAUAAUCUAACCAGUAAACUUUAGUACCAGUGAGAGUACUACUAACGGCAAUACUAACCUCUCUCUCUCUCUCUCUCUAUAUGAGUGUAUCUUGAGGUGGCUUUGUUUGGAGAGAGAGAGCUAUGAGAAGAUCCCAUUCCUACUAUACUUUAGUACUAGCAGUUCUUUCUUUAGCUUGUACAUUUCAGUUCCAAGCUCAUGCUGCUCCUCCAGCGCCUUUGGUUAAGCACUUGUCUUCUCUUCUCAAAUGGACCACCACAGUGGCAUCCUUGAAAACACCCCAUUCAGAUGAGAAUGUUCUUCAAUUUGAGGCUGGAUACUUAGUUGAGACUGUUGUAAAAGGAAAUGCAAUGGGAGUGGUUCCUUACAAAAUCCGCUUAUCUGAAGAUGGUGAACUAUAUGCUGUCGAUGAAGUUAAUAGCAACGUUGUUAAGAUCACUCCACCUUUGUCCCAAUAUAGUAGAGCAAGAUUGGUGGCCGGCUCAUUUCAGGGUUAUACAGGACAUAUUGACGGAAAACCAAACGAAGCUCGUUUUAAUCAUCCCAGAGGUCUAACCAUGGAUGAUAAAGGAAACAUAUACGUUGCUGAUACUUUGAAUCAUGCCAUCAGAAAGAUUGGAGAAGCAGGUGUCACAACCAUUGCUGGGGGGAAAUCAAACGUUGCAGGUUUUAGAGAUGGACCCAGUGAAGAUGCCAAAUUCUCAAAUGAUUUUGAUGUGGUGUAUCUUCACUCUAUCUGUUCUUUGUUAGUUGUCGAUAGAGGAAAUGCUGCUCUUCGGCAAAUCUCGCUUAACCAAGAGGAUUGUGAUUAUCAGUCCAGUUCAUUUACUAUGACAGAAGAUGUGCUUAUGGUCGUUGGUGCUGUCCUGAUUGGAUAUGCUACGUGCAUGCUUCAGCUGGGGUUUGGGUCUUCUUCCUCCUCAAGAAUGCAACAAUCUUCAGAGAGUGAAUAUAAAGAGAAAUCAAGUAAGGAGAAACCGAUUCCUAUCGUGGACAACAUGAAAGAGGAGCCCAAGUGGCCAUCUUUUGGACAGCUUAUCAUUGAUCUGUCUAAGCUCGCUCUUGAAGCAUUGGUUGGUAUACUCCUCUCUUUUAUUCCUUCUUGGUACAGACCAGGUGGAGCAAGAAAAGGCCUCGCCCCAUUGAAAGAUUCUCUAAUUAUGCCUGAUGAUGAAGUUGAGCCUCCAUCAGUUCAAAGGCAGAGUACUCCUGCUCCUGUAUCUGAAAAUCGCCAGGUCCAUACUCCAACAACAAGUGAUAAGUACUCGGAAAUGAAGCCACUGAAGAUCAAGUCUGCCAGUUUUAAGGAUCCUUCUCCUUUGAGCAAGCACCGGUCUUCAAAACAACAAGAAUACGCAGAAUUCUAUGGAUCAGGUGAGGUUCCUUCUCAUGGCAGGUCAAAGAGCCACAAAGAAAAAUCAAGACAUCGCCAACGAGAUAAGAGUGGAGAGGUAGUUUUCGGAGCUGUGCGGGCUGAGCCAAAACCUGCUGAGAUGAAUCCUGUAGAUUACAGUAGUCCAAAAUUCAACCAUUACACUAACAGAAGCAAGUACGGAUCUGACAGUUUGUACCGAUUUUGAUAGUCUAGUGCUCUCUGUAGCCAACCCUUGCACUCCCUGCCUCAGCUCUGCUUGUUUUUUCGCUCCAACAUUUUUGUACCCUUUAUGUUAUGGUUGUCAUUGAGCUAAAAUUCUAGUUCAAAUGAAAACUUGUAAGCAUGUAUUUUUACGUUAGACUUGCAUAAAAUACCUCAGGAUAUUUCUCAAA